AUGGGAAAUACUGAAAGUAAUGUUACCAGUGGUGUUAAGAAACAAGCAGGAGUUUCAACUCAAUCACUUUAUAAAUUAGUAAAUUUAAAAGGUGGUGGCUUACUUGUAGAUAUGAUGAAAAGAGCUUGUCAGAGUAAACAAUAUGCUGAAAUUGAUCAUGCAAUUAAAACAAAAGUUGAACCAUAUUUAUAUAAUAAAGGAGCUGGUAAAUAUAUUCCAAUAUCAAAAUUUGUUUUAGUUCGGAAUAAAGAACGUGCUCGAACAAAACAACUUCCUGAAAUCAGAGCAAUGGAUAAUCCAGAUGAUGAUUUUAAUAUUGAUGAACAUACGCCAGAAGUAUCUGAAGAAGAAUACAUGAAUAACCCACACAAAUACAAAGUUGUUGUUUGGAAUUUAAAUGAAAGAGGAGCUGUAGGUGAAACAAUCUUACAUUUAUGCUUACUGAACGCAACAUCUUUGCAUGCUGAUUUAGCUAAAAGACUGCUACGAUUUUAUCCAAAAUUAAUUUUAGAUGUUUAUAUGAGUGACGAAUAUUAUGGAGAAAGUGUUUUACAUAUUGCAAUUGUAAAUGAAGAUCCAGCUAUGGUUAAAUUUCUAUUAGAUGCUGGUGCCGAUGUUAAUCAACGUUGUUGUGGUGCUUUUAUGAGCCCUGAAGAUCAAAAACCAUCAAGAUAUGAUUCUCCGGAACAUGAACAUGUUGGUGUUACUCCGAUUUCAAAUUAUGAAGGUUAUGUUUAUUGGGGUGAAUAUCCAUUAAGUUUUGCUGCAUGUCUCAGUCAAGAAGAAUGUUAUCGUUUAGUAUUAGCAAAAGGUGCUGAUCCUGAUUUACAAGAUACAAAUGGUAACACUGUUUUACAUAUGAUGGUUAUUUAUGAAAAGAUAAAUAUGUUUGAUAUGGCAUAUGAAGUUGGUUCAGCACUUCAUAUUAGAAAUGUACAAAAUUUAACACCAUUAACAUUGUCGGCGAAAAUUGGCCGAGUUGAAAUUUUUUUUCAUAUAAUGAAUAUUGAUCGUGAAAUUUAUUGGCAAUUAGGUAGUAUUACAUGUGCAGCAUAUCCGUUAUCUCAAAUUGAUACAAUUGAUGUAGAAACGGGGAAUAUUAGUAAAGAUUCAGCAUUAAAUUUAGUUGUUUUUGGGGAUAAAUAUGAGCAUUUAGAGCUAUUAGAUGGUGUAAUGAUUGAUUUGUUAAAAACAAAAUGGGAAAGUUUUGUGAAGUCACGGUUUUAUCGUCAAUUCUAUUUAUUUUUUGUUUAUUUUAUGAUAUCAUUGGUUAGUUUUACUUUAAGACCUGGUCCAGCAGCAAAAGAUGAUGAUGAUAACGAAGUAGGGAAUAAUGCAACAAGCAGUAGUCCUGAAGAAGUUAAUCAAUUUGUUGUAGAACUAGUUCAACCAAGUUGUGGUAAAAAUUGUGCAGAUGGUUUAAAAUUAGAAAAACUUAAUUCUCCAAUCGCUGGUACAAGGGAUGCCUAUUGGAUUAAUGAAACUGAUCUAGAAAAUAAUAAGCCGGAUGUUACAUAUUUUGCUUGGUGGUUUAGUUCAUUCAGUGAAUGUCCUCUCUUAAAUAUUGAAACAUUGGAAUCAAAAAUUCGAUUAAUAUCGGAGUUCUUUUUGUUCAUAGGAGCUAUUUUAUAUAUAGCAGCAGCAUUGAGAGAAUCUAGAUUCUUAGGAUAUAAAAUGUUUUUCCAAAAUUUAAUGACUGCCCCUUCUCGCGUUAUGUUUUUAUUUUCUUGUUUGUUAAUGAUGAUAGUUCCUUGGUUAAGAUUUUCAUGCCUAACUGAAAUUGAGGAUUAUGUAGCAGUUGUCAUAAUGUUAACUACAGCACCAUAUUUUCUUUUCUUUUGCAGAGGUUUCAAAACAGUGGGACCAUUCGUAGUGAUGAUUUAUCGUAUGGUAAUGGGAGAUCUUUUACGUUUUGUUGCCAUUUAUUUUGUUUUUGUAAUGGGAUUUUCACAAGCAUUUUAUAUUGUAUUUUUAACAUUUGAUUAUCCAGAAUCUGAUGAUUCAGAUGAUGAAGAAGUUAACCCUGUACCAUCACCAAUGGAAGCAAUUGUUGCAAUGUUUUUAAUGUCACUAACAAAUUUUGGUGAUUAUUAUCAGGCUAUGGUAUCAACAAGACAUGAAAUGGAAGCAAAAAUUUUAUUUGUUGUAUUUAUGGUUAUUGUUGGUGUAUUAUUAGUUAACAUGUUAAUUGCUAUGAUGGGUAAUACAUAUCAAAAAAUUGCUGAAACUCGAAAUGAAUGGCAAAGACAAUGGGCAAGAAUUGUACUUGUAGUUGAAAGAGGUGUUGCACCAGCAGAAAGAUUAAAAAAUUUCGUAAAUUAUACACAACCAAUGUCAGAUGGUAGAAGAGCUUUAGUAUUAAGAUUGAAUAUGACAGAUAGUGAUAAAGAAGAAAUGAAAGAAAUUUUAGAAAUGAAAAGAGUACAUGAUCGUUUAUCGAAGAAGAGGCAAGCUGAAAGAGAUGCAAGAGCUGCGAAAAGGCAAUUAGAAUAUGAUGAAUUCUUUAAAAAUAAUGUUAAACAGAAAAAGAAAGUUUAUUAA